AUGUCUUUUAUUAUUCUUGUGUUGCUUUUACUCUAUCCUUUUUGUUCAGGAACGCAUUCUCUAUUUUGUCUGUUCUUCAGGGCAAGUGCAUUGUAUAAUGGUUCCCAAACGGUAGAGUACCAUGUUACAGCUGUAGAAAUACUAUUUUCGUUCAAAUUGCAGGAUUGCCAAACCAUUAUCGAUUCUCACAUUUCUGGUUAUUGUUUUUGCGGAGAAAACUGGCGGUCAUCCUUAUUAAAGAUUAAUCAUCCUCCUACGACCUGUUUCCAGGAAUGUCGGAAAUGUGUUGGCUGGAGAGCAACAGAAGGAUGCUCACCCUAUUCCAAACGGGAUGAAACGCAUGAUCUUCCCUGUGAAGCUGUGGUCCCAUCGUCAUUGCCGGGAUAUUGCUUGUGCGAAAACGGGAGACGCACAGCUUUUUCGGAUUGCCGUCACCCUCCUUUCACUUGUCAGAAGCUUUGUGCUUCCCUUCCUCGUUCGGAUUGUCCUCUCUUUGAUUCUUCUCUCCGCUCCAACUCUGCUAAGGGAUGUUCUGGGAGUGUCACACUGCAGAAUCGUAUGAAAGAAUCUGUGCAGGUGAUGUGGGUGUCGGAUGUUGGAACGGAGGCAUUGCUUAGCGAAAUCCAUCCGAUUGGAUCCUACACCAUCUCUGGAGUCUGCGUUCCCUUCAGUUUUCGCGUGUACGGCCGCAAUCAUAAGCUGCUGUUCCAGCGAUCUUUACAGUCAGCGGACUCGCUCCAUUUUCCAAUCACCGAUUGCUAUGAGGAGCCUCAGCCCUUGGCGCAGGCGCUUUCCUAUUCCCUCCGAUCGAAAGGAGCCUCCAUCGACUUCCGCUGGCCGCUGCGUUCUGAAGCGAAGCAAGCCCGCGACGAGCGUUUUACGAUGGGAAUCAGUGUGGAAUCGAUGUACCGAGAUCUCAACCAGACAUUCACGUGGUCGCGCGAUAUCGACUGUCCGUAUUGCAAGGCGGAGCUCAAUCGCAAUGGCCUGCCGUGUCGUCGCUGUAACGGGAAGGGAACGGAGCGUGUGGCGCAUCGAGGCGUGACCAUGGAGUUUGAGUGUCCUCUCUGUCAUGGAGUCGGUCGUGUCUCCAAAAGAAGCUCUUUUUCGUGCCCAUACUGCAAUGUUCUCUUUUUUAUACGGCCUCGGUUGAUCGAUAGAAUACGCAUGUUCUCCACGAAGUGGUGA